AUGGAGGGAGAGUCUAUGCCCAAUGCUCAAAUCCCCUCUACACUACAACUGCAGACAACCGCUGUCUCUGAUUUCCCUGCGCCCUCUCUGUCGCCCUCAUUUAAGCUAGAUGAAGGUUACUCCGACGACACUCGAAGCCAGGCUGAAAAGGACCUGGGAUCGGACAAUGUCAUGACGCUUCCAAAUUGGGUGCUCGCUCAAAGUGAGGCCGGCAGAGCUGAGCUCGCAUACAGCCUCCUUCGAUCGCUACGGACCUCGAGCAUCGCCGCAGUCGUUGAGCGACUGAACCCCAUUCUCCAUAUGGACCCUGUCAUCAAACUUCCCCCGGAACUUACAUGGGAGGUCUUUUCCUAUCUCGACCCUCGGACACUCCUGAAUGCCUCGCUUGCGUCCCGCUCAUGGCGUGAACGUAUCCUAGACUCGGGUCUAUGGAGAUUUCUCUAUCUCAAUGAAGGAUGGCGAAUGGAUGUGCCUGCUAUUCGUGCGUUUGAGCACGAACAAUCGGUGGUCAUGUCACCCCAAACUCGAAAGUCACGCCUACGACACUCGGAACCCGAUCUUGGUGAGCCCAAGCAUAAAAAGCGGGUGCCACCGACCUGGCUCGAUUCACGAAGUAUUGAAAAUCAAGGAAGCACCAUGUUUGGGCCCGCGCCCGCUGAGGCCGACAAUGAAGGCGAUCACCACAUGACUGAUGAUGAUGACCAAGUUGUACAUUCGUUUGCUGAUGACUCUGACAAUAUUCUGCCAACUAUGCUCCCCCAAUCUCCUUUGUCACUCUAUCCCCCUCUGCAGCCAUCUCUCCUCUUGCGGGACCCGAAUGGAAGGGCCAAAGUCAACUGGGCUCACCUCUACAAACAACGCAGACGACUCGAAGCAAAUUGGCAUCAUGGCCGUUACACCAACUUCCAACUCCCUGACCCAUCUCAUCCUGAAGAAGCCCACCGAGAGUGCGUAUAUGCGAUCCAGUUCGAAGGGCGAUGGCUCGUCAGUGGGAGCCGAGACAGGACCGUGCGAGUCUGGAAUCUAGACACACGGCGGUUGCGAUAUCCCCCACUUGUGGGACAUAUUAAAUCGGUCCUUUGCCUCCAAUUUGAUCCUCGCCCAGAGGAAGAUAUCAUCAUCUCUGGCAGCAGCGACAAGAGCGUUAUUGUGUGGAAAUUUUCCACUGGACAAAAGAUUCAUCAAAUCGAGAAAGCGCAUAUGGACUCGGUACUUAAUCUCAAGUUCGACCGUCGCUACCUUGUUACGUGCUCCAAAGAUCGGACUGUUAAAGUAUGGAAUCGCAGAGAUCUUCUACCCAACGAUCAGGAUUAUCCGCGAAUCUGUCGAGGAUCAGGGGCCACUUAUCCGUCAUAUAUCAUCGAUCUCAACGAGGUUGAACCGAACAUGCUUGAAGCUGGCAUCGCGCAUGAGCACUACAAAGCCUUAGUACCUUACACGUUGCUUAUGACUGUGGAAGGACAUGGAGCUGCCGUUAAUGCGAUGCAGAUCCACGGUGAUGAAAUUGUGACAGCGUCUGGAGAUAGGAUGAUUAAGGUCUGGAAUAUUCGCACCGGUACUUGCUCAAAGACCUUAAUGGGCCAUGAAAAAGGCAUUGCAUGUGUCGAGUUUGACAGCCGAAGAAUCAUCAGUGGCAGCAAUGAUAAUACGGUUCGCAUCUAUGAUCAUGUCUCCGGUGCCGAGGUGGCGUGUCUGCGGGGUCAUAGCAACCUCGUUCGAACCCUUCAAGCAGGGUUUGGUGAUCCUCCAGGCGCCGAGGAAGCCCUACGAGAAGAAGCGCUAGCGGUGGAAACUGAGUUCUUUGCUGCUCAAGAGGCCGGAUUGCCCGUCGACCGGGGUGCUAGGGAGCAACGACGCAAUGGCUACCAGACAAACACCGCGGGAUCACGGGCUCCUCGUGAUAUCACUGCUUUGGGGGCAAAAAUCCCACCCGGCGGAGGAGGCAGCAGCUGGGCCCGCAUCGUCUCUGGUUCCUACGACGAGUCAAUCUUGAUUUGGCACAAAGACCGAGAUGGCAGAUGGACCAUGGCCUAUCAACUGCGACAAAACGAUGCUGUUGCCAAUGCCACUCGUUCAAACCUCAGCCAAGUGGCACGAACUACUGUUGCGGCUCAAGCUCAACAAACACAUGCGGCGCAAGCUUUGGUGACACUUCCCACGUCUCAACCUGGUGGGCAAAACGCCAACCCCAACCCAACUCUGAACCAGGCCCAGGCACAAGCAGCACCUGUGAUUACCAACGCACAAGCAGCCAAUCCAACUCCUGCUCACCACCACCAUCAUCACAUCCAUCCACGAAGACCGCCUCUAAUGCCCCAGCCAACUGCGAGGGUAUUCAAACUUCAGUUUGACUCCAGGAAGAUCAUUUGUGCCAGCGUGGACCCUCGCAUCGUGGGAUGGGACUUUGCCUGCGACGAUGAAGAAAUCAUCGAGGCUUGUCCAUUCUUCCAGGGUCUUUGA